AUGCAUACGGCAACAAUUGUCCUGCCCUGCCGAGAAGUCAGGGGGAGGCAAAACAGUGCUGCGCUGCUUAAGCUACUGGUGACCCAGCGACUGCAGUUGUUUGCAAGAUUUACAGGCUGGUGGGCUAGCUAUCAGGAAGCUUGGGUCGAGAGGGAGAAGCCAAUGUUGUUGGCGCAAGGAUCAUCAAUACGGAUAUUUCAACCAAGGCUAGAGGUGAAAGAAAGGAGGGAGAAAGGGGCCCUACCAGAAACUCCAGCACGGACGAGGUUCGCGCCUUCUCCCACGGGCUAUUUACAUCUUGGAUCUCUACGAACGGCCUUGUUCAACUACUUGAUCGCAAAAGCUACCAAUGGUCAAUUCAUAUUGCGUCUAGAAGACACAGAUAAGAAAAGAACUGUGGCAGAUUCUGAACAGAGACUUUACGAAGAUCUGCAAUGGGCAGGCUUACAAUGGGAUGAAGGGCCCGUGGUUGGUGGUCCUCGUGGCCCUUACCGACAAUCCGAGAGAACAAAUAUAUACACAUCAGAGGCGCUCGAAUUGAUCAAAAGUGGCCAUGGCUAUCGGUGUUUCUGUUCACAAGAGAGAUUACAAACAAUUGCGGAAAAGAGACGAUUGGAAGGGUUCUGGACUGACUAUGACCGGGAAUGCUUUUCGAUAUCCCCAGAAGACUCGGAGGCGAGAGCUACAAACGGCGACGCCCAUGUCAUCCGGCUAAAAACACCGGACAUGAUUCCUCCUUACACCGAUCUUAUAUACGGCAAAUUCCCGGGCCAGCGUAUCUGGCAGUCUGGAAACUAUGAGGAUCCUGUUCUCAUAAAAUCAGACGGAAACCCCACGUAUCAUCUAGCCAACGUGGUGGACGACCAUCAUAUGGAGAUCAGCCAUGUUAUACGUGCCACGGAAUGGCUGCCUUCGACACCAAAACACAUUACGCUUUAUAACGCUUUUGGCUGGAAGCCACCGGUAUUCGCACAUGUAGGCUUGCUCCAGGACAGCAACAAGAGAAAAUUGAGCAAGCGUGCCGCCAGCGACACCCUCAAGAUGUUUAGAGAGUCAGGCUACCUUCCAGAAGCUCUCAUAAACUAUCUUGCCUUGAUGGGAUGGUCACACAAGCUGACGAGUGAUUUCAUGACAAUGCAGGAUCUUAUACACAAUGUACGUUCGUUCGUGACUCAUGUGGACUUACUGACUGGGCAGUUUGACCUCAAAUUUACCAAGGGAGAUGUGAACGUUGCCACGGAGAAGUUGGGCUACCUUCAAGCCAAAUAUGCAAAGCUUCAAGUAGCGACUAACGGCCCACAUCUUGACAAGAUGGUAGUUGCAGUCCAUCGAAAGGCUGCUCUAUACUUAGCAUCAAAUCCAGAGUAA